UGGGACGGCCGUGUGCCCAGCACUUACUUUCUGCCGCAGCCCCACUUUUGAAGAGCCUGAAUCGUCAUGUGUUCUCUAACCGGAUAAGUCAGCUUGGUUUCGUUUUGAGGGGCGCGCGAGGAUCUCACUUCGUGGGACGUUUACAGCUUGGAUGGGGGCAUAAUGUCAACAACUCUACGAAGAUGACUGAUAAUUGCACGCGCAACGUGCUGAAUUAGUAUAUAUGAUACCACAGAUUAAGGGGUUUGCGUGAUUAAGGCUCCUGUAAGCGAUGUAACUGACUUUUUUUGGGGGGGGGACGAGAGUCUGGUCUUGAAGAGACAGCCAGUCUCAUGCCUGCGCGCCGCGUGCCAGGCUGCACUCUACCCCGACGACAGUGCCAUAGGCUCGGGGGUUAGAUGGUGCUGAUUACGGACGACAGGGAUGGAGGAGGCGCCUCGUCGGUCCGGGUUAAACAGCUCCAGCAGCAGCAGCAAAAAGUCGGGGGAAACGUCGCCCAAGUCCACCCGACCAUAGCCGAGGAGCUGCUGACCAACUCUGACGACGAGGACUACCUGGGUUCGUGCGAAGAGGACGAAGAAGACGACGACAGGGAGGAGGAAGACGACGAUGAAUUCGAAGAAGUUGACUUUGAGGACUUGGAUGACUGUCGGAGCAUCGCGUCGGACGACUCCUUCUACCCGCCAGAUGAUGUGUUCGCGGACUCGGAGCGCACCCCGUCCCCGGAGAGCCCGGAGCCGUUAUCUUUUUUCCAGGCGUGCUGCACCAACAACGCGGCUAUCGUCCGGAUAAUGAUACGGCAUGGGGUGAGGGAGGAGGAGGUCAAGGAGACGGACAGAAACAACAGGAUGGGGCUGUUGGUCGCAUGUUACCAAGGUUACGUGGACGUCGUCAUAGCGCUGUCUCAGUGUCCGUAUCUGGACGUCAACUGGCAGGACAGUGAGGGAAACACGGCUCUCAUCACUGCUGCUCAAGCAGGCCACAUAACAAUAACCAACUAUUUGCUGAACUACUACUCUGGAUUGGACAUAGAGAGGAGAAACUGCCAUGGCUUCACCGCUCUGAUGAAAGCCGCCAUGCAGGGCCGGGUGGAAUGUGUGCGCUCACUCAUGAUGGCAGGAGCCUCCCUGAAUGCCAGAGACUUUGGCCGCCACUUGACUGCCAGGGAGUGGGCUUUAUUUACGGGCCGUUAUGAAACUGCCUGGUUGAUGACACGUCUGAUGGAACGGCCCUGUCCCCGCCAGUACUCUGAUACGUUCAGUCUAGAGUGGCCCCCGCUGGCUUCACUGGUGGCCAAAGCCCAGGAGCCCCGCGGCUGUCUGAAGCGCCUGUCCGAUACUGUACGGAACAUCUUCAACAUCGCGAAUGUCACCAACCCUGAAGAUCAAGGUGUUAUUGACCACAUGGUCUCUGUUACGACGGCCAUGAGGAGCCCUUUCAUUGCUGUGGCAUGCCAUACAGUGUGUCCUGACAGUCCCCCAAGUGUUGGCAAACGGCGCUAUGCUGUUCCUGAGAUCAUCCGCGAGCAGCGCGCUAAAGAGCUUCGCUCCAUCGACCCUGACAGGGUGGACAGCCACCUCAAACUAUUCCAGAACUCCCGGGUCACACUAGUUGCCAAGAACUCAGCAGACCGCCGGGCCAGCCUCCAGGCCCAGAGCCUGGGGUCUCGGCACAGGAGCUCCAGCCUCGGCAUCGUCGCUUAUAACGAAGCCAUGGAGCUGCGAAGAACCAGCCUCCUCCCCAUGCACACGGUGCUGAGGAGGAGCAGCGUCAGGCCAGGCUUCAGCAUCCCCAAAGUGAGGGUGUCCAAGGCCCCCACGCCAACUUACGAACCGGAAAAGAUCCGGAGGAAGAGUAGCGCCAAAGAUGGAGGCGGGCACCUGCUGCAGAUACCAAAGUGGCGGUACAAGGAGCUAAAAGAAGAAAGGAGGAAAGCUGAGGAGGCCGAGAGGAGGAGGCUGGAGGCUGUAACCAAGAGACACCUAUCUGCUGGGAAAAGGAAAUAAUAUCAUUGCCUCAAAGGAUGUGAUGUAUAUUAACCCUAACCUUAGUAACUGAGAAGUUUUUCUACCAUCUAUCUAGCUCAGGGUGAGCCUAGAAUUGCCAGCAGUGUUCAUAAAAGAGGACAGAGGACUGAAGGCUGUGUUUGUCUGUUUUGCAUCCUCAACUGAAUUCCAUUCAAUCUUAGAAGAUGCAGGUCGGCCUCUUAAAAAUUGCUUUAGAGGUUUACAAUGCUCAGUGUCCUUUAUGAUGUCAAACAAGUGAUACCCAGGGGAUUUGAUACUUGAAAUGUUUUUAGAUAACUUAUUUUCAUAUUUAUUGCUUUUUAAUGGAUGGUCAACUCUUUAUUUUGUUACUCUUUGGGUGCUCAAUACAGCAAUGUUUUUUUUGUGUUACACUGUAUUGGAGCAGAAGACACCUAUUAAAACACACUCUUUCACACUAUAACCACAGCAGAAACGUGUUAAUUGUCCUGCCUAAAAAAUGUAAACAAUUAACUAAAGACUUUAUGAAAUAAUGUCUUUAAAAUAUUCAGUGGAGAAUACUAAUGGGUGUGUCAUAUUGGCUAAAAAAGCUAAACAUAAGGUUUGUAUAGAAUCUAAUGUCAUUUGACAGCAAUAUUUUUAGAUGCUUUUUGUUUUGCUUUAUGAUGACAAACCCAUGAAUGUAUUUUGCUUAUAUAUAUUUUAUAUUAGAGAUUUUAAUGCUUUUUGAUGACAAACAUUUAAUUUUUUAUUCAAUAUGGACUUUUUCACACUGUCGUGUAAAGAGUUGCGUUUUCUAGUCUUAAUGUUUGAGACCAAGACUGAAAUGUAGAGCACUAUUCUGAUAUAACAGUUAAAUCUUACCAGGUGGGAAGAAAAGUCAACUUCUUUCCUGAAUGUUUACAAUGCAAAAUCCCAUUAACUCCUGUUACAGUAGCAAGUAUCAUGCAGUGAAGACUCUAAGAUGGGAGAGUUAUACGAGUAUACAAGAUGUGGGUGAUGUGACUGAAAUAAACACUUCAGUUAACAGUAA